GUACCAUAUCAUAUGAAAUCUCGCGAUAGGAUCGCACUCCGAUCACUACGUAAUGUGCCGUGCUGCUUCUGGCGGCGCUGGUGACAGUGCUGAAAGCUGUUGGGUAUGAAGUGAAACGGAACUGAAUUUUUUUUUUGUACCAUACGCAACUGCUUCUUCAAGUUCAGAUCACAACGAAGAAACAAAUUCAAGAGAAAAAUCCCGAAACGUACAGUCGCAACAACUCAAGGAAAGGAUCACUUCAAAGGAAAAUCUAGAAGCAACUAAACUAAGAAAACACCAAAGACACAAGAUACACACCUGCCCAAUCGAAACACACUCAAGAGAAGCAAUCCUUUGCCAACAUUGCAAAACCGUGAAGAUAACUGAUCUGAGACCAGAAGUUUGUGCCUACUCAACAGCUUUGACAAAGCACACGUCCCAACGCUACUCCCAGCCGCCCUCAUCCUCACCACCGACUCUACCCUGGGAACUUGUGCCAGAAACCUGUAACAAAUAAGUGUGUGAGAUCUGCAAAGGCGUUCAAGACGACCAGAAGUUUCAAGACUCCAAAUCAAGACAUCCAGAGGUGUAUCAUUGGGUGGUUGAGCAAAAAAAUAACAAAUCGAGGCAGUCAAGCAAACCAGUUAUCAAGUACAACAAAGGGGUGGAGUUUGGCUUGAGUUUAUGGAAAAAUAUGGGCAGCCCCUGGAAAGGCUUUGUUGAGUUUACCUUGCCCACGUCGCCACCUGCCGCGUUUAUUAGCGCUGACCUGAGCAGCACCUCCCCCAUCGGACUCAGCCUGUCACCAUACGGCCGAUCCUGUUUCCCAGUCCCGAUCCCACUGUUGGAUAUGGAGAGGGUGCACUCCGAACCCCCUUUGGCACGUAAUACUGCUCCUUCCACCUCUGCGGUGGCUAUCCCCCGCUCCUUCUCUGUCUCCCACAAAAAACACAAGCGGACCCCCCUGUAUCAGAGAUCAAUGAGUUUUGACCCUGGCAUGCUCCACAACAACGGGCACACGGCGUUUGCCAACGGCACGGCGGCGGGCAUCAGGGAGACUGGAGUGGUGGAGAAGCUGCUCACCUCCUACGGGUUCAUCCAGUGCUCGGAGCGGCAGGCGCGCCUUUUCUUUCACUGCUCCCAGUACAACGGCAACCUGCAGGAGCUCAAGAUAGGAGAUGAUGUGGAGUUUGAAGUGUCCUCAGACAGGCGCACUGGCAAGCCCAUAGCAGUGAAGCUGCUUAAGAUCAAACCAGAGGUGCUUCCAGAGGAGCGCAUCUCGGGCCAGGUGGGGCCAGACUCGCACGCCUCUCCCUUUACUGUGCUGCAUGGUUAUAUUCAUCCAGUUGUCUCAGCGAUUCCCACUCACCUGGAUGGCAAAUCUGCACCGGGGCAGGUGCCCACUGGCAGUGUGUGUUACGAGAGAAACGGGUAUGGAUUCCUUCCCACGCAGGAGGUGUUUUACCUGACCUACACCCCGGAUGACAUAGAGGGAAACAUGCACCUGGACACGGGAGACAAAGUCAGCUUCUACAUGGAAACCAACAAGCACACUGGUGCAGUCAGUGCUCACAACAUCGUCCUGGUAAAGAAGAAACAGAUGAGGUGCCAGGGGGUUGUCUGUGCCACCAAGGAGGCCUUUGGGUUCAUUGAGAGGGCUGACGUGGUGAAGGAGAUCUUCUUCCACUACAGCGAGUUCAAGGGUGACCUGGAGGCCCUACAGGCCGGAGACGACGUGGAGUUCACCAUCAAAGAGAGAAACGGGAAAGAGGUGGCCACCGACGUGAGGCUGCUCGCCCAGGGAACAGUCAUAUUUGAGGACAUCAGCAUUGAGCAGUUUGAAGGCACUGUCGUCAAAGUCAUCCCUAAAGUUCCAACCAAGAACCAGAAUGAUCCGCUCCCAGGCCGCAUCUGUGCUAGGAUCAGCUUCACGGACAAGGAGCUCCUUUUCGGCGAGAAGGAUACCAAGUCCAAGGUGACCCUGCUGGAGGGCGACCAUGUGCAGUUCAACAUCUCAACAGACCGCAGGGACAAGCUGGAGCGGGCCACCAACAUCGACAUCCUGCCUGACACCUUCCACUUCACUAAGGAGUCCCGUGAGAUGGUAAGGACCAUGAGGAGAUCUAUGGGUGUGAUCGCUGCAAUGCGCGAUGGCUUUGGCUUCAUCAAGUGUGUAGACCGGGACGCCAGGAUGUUCUUUCACUUUAGCGAGGUGCUGGAGGAGGGCCAGCUGCACAUCUCUGAUGAAGUCGAGUUCACAGUUGUGCCCGUGAGUCCAGAGAGAACGCCCAUGGACAUGCUGUCUGCCCAGAGGAACCACGCGGUGCGCAUCAAGAAGCUGCCCAAGGGCACAGUCUCCUUCCACACCCAGUCUGAGCAGCGCUUUGUGGGUGUGGUGGAGAAAGAGGCCACAGCAGCUAUCACCAACAACAAGAGUGCCAGCCCCAGCAAGGCCAAAGAGAAGAAAAAAGACAAGGAAGCAGAAGAGGGAGUGAUUUCUUAUGAGGACUGUGGAGUGAAACUGACUGUGUCGUACCACGUCAAAGAUCUGGAGGGAGCUACCCAGCCACAGGCAGGAGACAAGGUGGAGUUCUCCAUCAAUGAGGUAAAGAGAACGGGCCAACAGAGCGCUGUCACCAUCAAGAUCCUCAACCGCACCGUCAACACCAAGAGGCUGCUGGGAUACAUUGCCACCCUGAAAGACAACUUUGGCUUCAUAGAGACAGCCAAUCACGAUCAAGAGAUUUUCUUUCAUUACAGUGAGCUGUGUGGAGACUUGGAGAACCUGGAGCUGGGUGACACUGUGGAAUAUACCCUGUCCAAGGGCAAAGGAAACAAAGUCAGCGCUGAGAAGGUUACUAAGGUGGUAGCAGUGAAUAGUGUGGGGCAGGAUGUUGGUGAGACAGUGAUGUUGGGGAAGGUGGUGCGCCCUCUGCGCAGUGUGGACCCGUCCCAGACAGAGUACCAGGGGCUCAUUGAGCUCUUGGAGGAAGAUGGCACUAAGUGCCAGAAUUACUCCUUUGGCAUUGUGGGCAUGGCGAACAAGGCAGACUGUCUGCAGAAAGGCGAGAUGGUGAAGUUCCAACUGUGCACAGUGGCUCAGACAGGACAGAAGAUGGCCUGCAAUGUUGUCCCCCAACGUAAAGCCCUGGUGGAGUGCGUCAAGGACCAGUUUGGUUUUAUCACGUAUGAAGUUGGCGAGAGUAAGAAGCUGUUUUUCCAUGUCAAAGAGGUGCAUGAUGGCUUGGAGCUCCAGACCGGGGAUGAGGUGGAGUUCUCGGUCAUCCUCAACCAACGCACAGGGAAAUGUAGUGCCUGCAACGUGCGCAGAGUUAGUGAAGGGCCUAAACCGGUGGCAACCCCCCGUCCUGAUCGCUUGGUCAACCGGCUCAAGAGCAUCACCCUGGAUGACGCUAGUGCCCCCCGCCUAGUUAUUGUGAGACAGCCCCGCGGCCCUGACAAUUCAAAGGGCUUCAAUAUGGAGAGGAAGACCCGUCAACCGGGUGUCAUAGACUGAGCAGUAUAUAACCCUUCCCAUCUGACUAGGUGGGCCCUGAUUUAGAAAUGCAACUUGAGAAUGGAUGACAACAAUGGAAAGGGAUUUUUGCUGUCUUGUGGACACAUGCUCCUACACACACUCUUGAUACACACAGAGAAAUAAGCAUGUGUAACCCCUCCAUGUUCCAUCACCUGCAAGGGAACCCUCAUUCCAUUUGUUCUCUGCUGCCCAUGUAUGAUGUACUUGAUACAGUUUCGUACUGCAGUAUACAAGGCGGGAUCUCUCUUCCGAGUGUGUGCGCGUGACCGUUGUGCAUAAGGUGUUUUUAGAAAUGAUAGAAGUUACAGAGGAAUUUGUUUUGGGGGUUUCUGUGCGUUUAGAAUCAGUGACGGUUGCGUGGCAGUGUCUUGUCCCAUCUGCCUAAUUGUCUGGAAUUCUGCACCUGCAACCAGUGUGUGUGUGCGUGUGUGUGUGUGGGCAUGUAUUAGAGCUCAUCUGCUUCUUUUCCUCCAUUGUUCUCCCUCAUUUAAGGCAACUAAAUGAUUAUCAUUUGCCAGUGGUUUUCACUAUGCUUUCCUACAAAAUGCAUAAAGCAAAGUUCCCUCCAUAAGGAGGGUGAUGUUUCUCAUGUGUGGACUAAAACAGAGGCUACUUCUCUGCUCGGUUUUUUUGAGCAGUUUUUUAAACUCUUUAUCCAAGAGCUGGAGUGAAAGCAUGGUGUUGUGUUGUCUGUGAAUGUUUAAGUGGCUAUGAUUUGGAUUUACUUUCACAAAUCUGGAGCCUUUAAAUACCUUUUCGCUAUUAACACGCUUUGUAAGCAAUUUCCCCAGGUGCAGAAUUCCUAAUGGCAUCUUAUAUCGAGCAGUUUUAUACUAUGUACUUCAUUGUUUUGCACCUCCUUUGCUUUUUUGUUUCAUUGAUGUAAGAAUACGGUGCCUAAACUACAAAAACAAAAAAAAAAGACAUAUCCUCUGUCCCCAGCCCAACUGCCAAAAUAUGAAGAAAGGAUGGCUUUUUAUUCCCAGUAGAAAUAAUACUGAUCUGCAUCCCAAAUACCUGUUGGUUGAAAUAUACUGUAUGUAAUGUGUGCAUUUUUUUUCUUAGUGAAAGAUUAAACAUCACAAUAUAACAAAAAUACAUUUUAAAUUCAGUAAAAAAAGAGCGGGGUAACAAAGCAUUAAAAUUAAGUUGUGUCUUAAGGAUCAGGAUAUCUAUUGUGCUCUGGCGGUGUUGGAGGGUGAUCUGUUGUGCCUGUACGCACUUACGGCAGUUAGAGACUAUUUAAACUCUGGAGAUCACUGGGUUGAUCCUGAACUGCACAGGCGCUCCUAUGUACUUUUGUUAAUGGUCUUGAAUGAAGCAAUUGAAUUAAAGUUUUAUGAAAAUCA